AUGCCUGGAAUGAAUGGCAGAGGCAAUGCCGGCAACAUGCGAGGUGCUAGUAAUGCGAAUCGCCGUCCUGGUACAGGCCCGAGAAAACUUCCGCCAGGACUACAAAAGCCGAGCAAAAGUCGUCGGCCUCAUGGCCCGCCACCAAGAGGUCCGAAGAGGGGAAGAACUGACGAGGAAUACGCAGAAUGCGAGCAAAUCUUUGACAAAAUCCAAGAAAAACAGGCUAAGAAACGAGGAAAACCCUAUAAAAAGUUCGUGUGGACCGACGGGCUGUUUGAGAGUGACAUAGUGAUUAGAGCUGAACAAUGCAGACGCAUAGGGAAAGACUAUGGCGUGGACGUUCCCCCGACCAGCGCUCACGCGCGCACUAAACGCAAGUUAACGGCAGAUGUCUCCGCUCGAUGGGACCCCAGCCGUCCCAUCUACUUCUACAUAAUGCAGACAAACUACGCGACAAUCCGAGCCGCCGUGGGCCACUGGCAGGACGAGACGUGCCUUAACUUCUUUGAGCUUGACGCUCUGCCUGAUCAGAAUGCAGACAUCGACUUCAUAUUCAUCUUCAAAGGGCCAGACUGUGGUGGAGUAGUGUUAGAUGUCAGCUGUGGUGAUACGGGUACCAUAAACAGUCCCAGCUUCCCUGACUUCACAGGACCCCGAACACAGUGCAGUUGGCUGAUCAAGGCUCCCCCUGGCGGACGUGUUGCUGCCAAUGUGACAUCCCUCGUCACGCACACUCCUGACCUCCACGAUGCCUGCAGAGACUACGUGGAACUGAAAUAUGAGAACAAUUUGGCCUUGGCCGGAGCGAGAUACUGCGGCUCGCAAUCGUUACCACCACGUGAAGUGAUCACAUCAGAAAAGGAGGAACUGAUGGUGCUUCUGAGAAUGCACACCGUAUCAUCGCUCGGAAAGUUCAGUCUGACCUACUCCGUGAGUUGCCCAUCAGUAGGCGGUACCACCAUGCCUAUGGAGACGACGCCAGCGCCAACGACGCCCUUGACGACGCCCUUGAUAACAACUUCCUCCAUCUCGCCGACGGACGCACAGGGCUAUUCAGAGUGGACGGCGUGGUCCUCGUGCUGCGGUCGGUGCGGGCUCGAGUACCGCGGAAGAGACUGCGUAGAGCCAGCGCUGGGAUGCACGCAAACAAUCACAGAGGAAAGACAAUGCACCAAUACUCGGCCGUGUUCCGCAGGGUUCUUUGGUCGGCCCAGCUGCUUGGUGCUACGACGUAGCCAGUCAUGCCGCGUCGAUCCUAGUGGACGCGGUUGCAUAAGAUCAUCGCCACACUGUAGACGGUACUGCUGUAAGGAUUUCUAUCUGGACCUUGAUGACAAAUGUAUAGGAUUGCCUACACAACAGCAACCAGCACAACGAACCAGAGGAAACAGCUCCAAACCCUACUAAGGUUAUUGUAAUUAAUCAUAGAAUAUAAAACGGAGAUACAAAUCCAAUAUGUAAUCGUGCAUGGCAAGGUUUGGUAUGUCUCCCAACCAUUCUGUAAAGUCAGAGAGAAAUUAUUAGCUCACCGCACAGAACCUACCCCACCAGCCCUUAAGCCCACCGCACACCAGACGAUUUUUACAAACGAUGAAACGAUGAAGCGAUGAAACGAUGAAACGAUGGUGUGCGGGGGC